AUGGCUCCCUCUCACCGUCGAGGACCCUGGGUCCCCGAGGAAGAUCAGCUUCUCCUGCAACUGGUCCGCGAACAGGGCCCCAACAACUGGGUUCGCAUCUCACAGCACAUGCACUACCGCUCUCCCAAGCAAUGUCGGGAGCGCUUCCACCAGAAUCUGAAGCCGUCGCUGAACCGGGAGCCCAUCUCGGCCGAGGAAGGCCUCAUGAUCGAGCGAAUGGUCAACGAGAUGGGCAGGCGAUGGGCCGAAAUCGCCCGCCGUCUUGGUAACCGUAGUGACAACGCCGUCAAGAACUGGUGGAACGGAAGCAUGAAUCGCAAGCGCCGUGGCCUGUCCAGUCCUCCUGCUUCACGUACCUUCAACGGCCGCAUCGAGCAACCAUAUGCUCGCGCUUCCAUUGCGGGCUCGGCUCGACCUCGCUUCGCCACUCGGCCUUGGACAGAGUCCUCCCCCAUCACUUCUCCCGAUGGCCUCUCACAUACCCGCCGCGAGUCUUCCAUCUCAGUGAUCCGUCAACUCUCUCCGAUCUACACCCUCCCUUCCAUCAACCGUUCCAUUGAGACUCCCUUGACGUCUCCGGCCUUUUCAGAUGCCUCGCACACCGGCUCCGUGGAACCACCGUCUAUGGUAUCUGAUCACAACUCCGUGAGCUCUGCUUCCCCUCGCACACUGCCCUCGCCACAGAUCUCACCCAUGCGUGGAGACUCGACGGCUCAAUAUGACACCUACCGUCCCACGAGCGUCUCUGUGCGUGUGCUCGAAGAUACCCCCACUACUUAUCCGUCUCGAUCAACGGAUCACUUCCCCAUUGCCUCCAAAGGGUCCUGGUCAGACCAUGUCCCUACGUACCCUUCCUGGUACAAAACGACCGACUCUUUGCCUAAGCCUUGGGCGACGAGGCCGAUCGAGCCCCCACGCGACGAGCGUAUGGGUCUCAACAACCUCCUCAACUGA